AUGAAGGCACCACUUCUUCAUCUUGUGCUCAUCAUCAAUGUUGUAUUACUGGCGGUGAAUGUCAUGUGGAUGAUACAACAAGGUGCUACUCCCGAACAAGAUCAGCCUCAUCAUCAAGUGCUACUCAAUAAUAAUAAUACCGAACAUAUUCAUUAUGAUAAUAAUACUACAUCAAUACAAAUACAGGAAAUAUCACCAAUUCAAAAUAAUCAUACAAUGGAGAGGGUCCAAGAAUCACAAGAACAACAAGUAUUGGACAAUCAAUUUGAUGAGCAAUGUCUGUUUCACAUGUUGAUAUUGACUGUACCUAGGCUGGAAAUUGAAGGAUCCAGAUAUCACUAUCUAAAAUCAACGCUUAAUGGCUUGUAUUCACAAUUGGGAAAUACCAUCUUUAUGCCGUGUGUAACUGUGUUCAAUCCAAAUCCAAUAUGGAGAAGUGAGCUUGAGGAGGCUAUUCCUGAGCAAGUUAGGGGAUGGAAACGGUUUAGAAUAUUGGAAAAUCAGUAUAGGAGUGAUAUUUUCCAAUCUCCUUCAAUGAGUCAAAAGAAAAAGAAUCAAUCCAACAACUUUUUUGACAUGAUGAAGACCUUUUUGAAUGUGUCCACACUCGAGAGGAAUGUAGUUUUUAUGGAGGAUGAUUUUGUAAUGUGUGAGGAUGUAUCAUCUCACUUUAUUCACGUUCUCAAUAAGGCCUCAGAUCCAGAACUCUUUUCAGGAGUGAGAUUCUCUUUUGGACUCAAUGGAGUGCUCGUUCAAAGGAGAGACCUUCCGCAAAUGAUUUACAUGUGUGAAGAGUAUGCUUUUAAGGAUUUCCCAAUUGACAAUCUUUUGGAAGAAUUUUUAAAUAAGAAAACAAAGAUGGGAAAGGACUAUUUCAAAAAUAGAGAAUUCUUUACCUACAGAUAUCAAUUGAUGGAACAUAUUGGAAAAAUAUCUUCAGUUGGUAAUGAUAGAGAUCAGGAAAUGAUGGAUUUGACUUUCCCUCAUUGCUAUGAAACUCAAAUCUACUCUCAAAUCAUGAAUCAGUACAAAUUAUACUGUGCUCACUCACUGUUUUCUCCAUGUGAUCGACCAAAAAAGCUUCAAUUUUCACACGAUGUAUUUGAAUUUCCACUCAAACCGCCUACUUUAAAAAUUACUCUCUCAGAGCUCAAUAAGGUCGAAAGUGUAUUGUGUGAAGAAGGAGAGGAUUGUGACACUUGUUGCAAAAAGAGAGCUAAAACUUGUGAUGUUUCAUUCUUCCCCUACAUUAACCAUUGCAGAGAAAUACAGAAACAUUCAAAAGAGAGAUGUAAUUGUAAGAUCGAUGAUGAAUUUUUCAGUUCCAUAGCACCAAGUAUGGACACUAACAAAGAUUGCUAUGUUGGAUAUAGACCAAGUAGAUUCUCAUGUUCUAACAAGAAAUCAAAGAGUAAUCACCGUAGAUUAUGUCCAUGCAAAUCUUGA